CGGCUCCGCUCACACCUGGCCUCGAGUCCACGCCUGAAAAAAAAGUGUGUGCAAGAAUGAACUGACCAUCUCAUUUCAAAACAGUUUGCAACUGAUUGAACAGACCACAGUUUAUGCAGAGAAGUGAAAUUCUUUGGGAAUUAGUGUGGAAUGAUUAUACUGUACUUUCUCUUUAGGUUAGAAAUUGUAAAGCAUGGGUGACUGGAGCUUUCUUGGACGGCUGCUGGAGAAUGCACAAGAACAUUCUACGGUGAUUGGCAAAGUCUGGCUGACUGUCCUCUUCAUCUUUAGGAUCCUGGUGUUGGGAGCAGCAGCAGAGGAAGUCUGGGGUGAUGAACAGUCGGACUUUACCUGUAACACGCAGCAGCCUGGUUGUGAAAACGUUUGUUAUGACGAGGCCUUUCCCAUUUCACACAUACGUUACUGGGUGCUGCAGAUCAUCUUUGUGUCCACGCCAACGCUCAUAUACCUGGGUCACAUACUGCACAUUAUUCGUAUGGAGGAUAAGCACAAAGAGAAGGAGGAGGAGCUGCAAAAGGCAGAGACUAACCUGGAGGAGAAAGAACUCCUGUAUAGAAAUGAGGAGGGGGGCAGAGGAGGUGUGAAAAAGCCAUCAAUCAGAGAUGAGCAUGGCAAAAUUCGCAUCAGAGGUGCCUUGUUGCGCACAUAUGUGUUUAACAUCAUUUUCAAGACUCUGUUUGAGGUGGGUUUCAUUUUAGGGCAAUAUUUUCUAUAUGGUUUCCAGCUCAGGCCUCUGUAUAAGUGUGCACGGUGGCCCUGUCCCAACACUGUGGACUGCUUUCUGUCCAGGCCCACAGAGAAGACCAUCUUCAUCAUAUUCAUGCUUGUGGUGGCUUGUGUGUCUCUUGUGCUGAAUUUAAUAGAGAUUUAUCACCUUGGAUGGAAAAAAAUCAAGCAAGGUGUAACCAGUGAAUACAUCCCUGAGCAUGAGUCCAUAGCCCAUAGUGACAUGGUGGAGAAAGGAGCCAUGCCUGCUGCGCCCAGAACAGACCCUGCAACCCUUAGCUAUCCUCCCAAAUAUACCAAGUUGGCUGCAGGUAGCACAACAUUCCUGCAGCCUGGGUCAGUUCCCGUAGCAACAAAGUUUAAGAUUGAGCCACUGCAUGAGGAGCCAAACUCUUUCUACAUCAGCAGCAACAAUCACAGGCUGGCUGCUGAGCAGAACUGGGCCAAUCUGGCUACUGAACAGCAGACUCUGGAGAAGAAGGCCAUUGCUCCCUCUAGUUCCUCCUCCUCCUCUGCCUCUUCCUGUGAUAACAAGCACCGACCCAGAGACGCUGCUCUCACUACCAGCAUUCCCAGCUCAAGUGGUGGCAUUUUGAGUAGUGGGAAGUGUGAGCCAGAGGAGAGUCACGUCAUCACUACGGUGGAGAUGCAUGAGCCACCGAGCGUGUUUCCUGACCUCCGGUGCAUGAGUAGAGCAAGCAAAACAAGCAGUGUAAGAGCAAGGCACAAUGAUCUGGCUGUCUAG